AUGAUCAAACCAGAGAAUGUUGUGGAUGAGAAGAACCUAUUCAAAACGAUGAGGAUUGAUCACGAUACAACAGUUGUUAGAAUGAUUGAUUUUUCAAAUUCUUUUUUUCAUCAUGGAUGGCAGGAUGAUGAUGAAAUUUUUGCUCACCAUAUUCGGAGAUUGGAAUUAUUAUUGAAACAGAAAUUUUCAGUUCAACAACUCGGAAAGAAGAAAUGGUUGUUGAACAGGGAGAUGGAAUAUAAAAAUUUCUUUCCGAUCGAGUUUAUGGAUGACAAACAAUUUAUAUUGAAUCAAAUCAGAAAGGAUGGUCAUUUAUUCCAAUAUGCAUCACCUAGGCUCCAAGAAGACCGAGAGUUUGUGUUGCAAGUGGUUCAAUUGAAUGGAUAUGCGUUACAUUAUGCCAAUGAAAAUAUUCGCAGUGAUAAAGAAGUGGUAUUGGGAGCUAUAAAGAACGAAGCACAUGUAUUGCGUUAUGCCAUCGAUUACCUUGGAUUUGACAAGGAAUUUUUCUUCGAGGCUGCUCGACUGAAUGAAAAUUGUUUCUCUCAUGUUCCCUUCUCAAUUACUAGCGACAAGGAAUUCAUGCUUGAAGCAAUUCAACAAAGUAAGAAGGUACUUUCAUCAAUAUCGUGGAAUUUACGCAACGAUGAAGAGUUUAGGUUAAAAGUUAUCAAAUUAUUUUUUCCAGAACAUGAAAGUUCAGCCUCUAUUGACUAUUCAAAUAAGGAAAUCAUGAUGAAAAUUAUUCAAGAAUAUGGACAUAUGUUGAAAUAUGCAUCUGAUGAACUCAAGAAUGAUAGAGACAUUGUUUUGGCUGCAGUUAGAAAUGAUGGUUGGUCCUUUGAAUAUGCCUCUGAUGAUUUGAAAAAUGAUUUCGAAAUUGCAUUUCUAGCAGUUAAACAUGAUCCUUUGUUAUUACAGUUCGUCUCUGAUGAAUUAAAGGGAACUAAAUCUCUAGUAUUGGCUGCAGUGACUCAAGAUGGAUUUGCACUUGAAUAUGCAUCGAAAGACUUGAAAAAUGAUAGAGAAGUAGUAUUAGCAGCUGUUAGAAAAAACGGGUUUUCUCUCGUCUUUGUUGAUGAAAGGAUGAAACGAGAUCGAGAAAUUGUAUUCGAGGCGACCAAAAAAAAUAAUACUUCUUUAAAACAUGUUUGUAAGGAACUCUUGUGUGACAAAGAGUUCUUAUUGAAACUUAUAUCGUUUGGAUGUCGAUAUAUUUUCGAUUAUGCCUCACAAGAGAUUGUUAACGACAGAGACUUUGUUUUAAAUGCCACCAAACUUAAUGGUCUGGCUGUUAUUGGGUCACGUUUUAGAUCAGACAAGGAAAUCAUGUUGGCGGCGGUAAAGAAUGAUGGAUAUGCCUUGAGGUUUGCAAGUGAAGAAUUGAAGAAAGAUCCCGAACUCUUAAUAGAAGCUCUGAAAUGUAAUGGCUAUGUGUCGGAGUUUAGUGAUGAAUUUUAUAAGGAAAGAAUUGAACAAUGUUAUUUUGGUGCUUAUUUAGGACAAAAAGAUGAGUAA